AUGGUUAAUACAACAGCAUCUUCAUCAAAACCAAGUGCUUGUUUGAGUUGGAGUCGUGUUCUUCUUUCGGCUUGCCUUCCACUUGUACUCGGUGUCUUUACUAUCGUUUUUACAAUGCAACAAAACUCAAUUUCUAUUGCAAAUCGUGAACAAGAUCGACGUCAAGCAAUUGAACUUCGUCAACAGGUUAUGUACGAUGCAUACAUCAAAGAGAUUUCAAAAUUGCUUCUUAAUCCUUCUUUUAAUCGAUCCAAUCGGCAACAAUUGAAUUAUAUAGGAUUUAAAACAAUAGAUGUUCUACGACAUUUAAAUAAAAUUCAAAAACGCGAUGUUAUUUUGUUUCUAUACAAUCAUGAAUUAAUUCGAAGAGAUAAGCCAGAGAAUCAACGUGUCAUUUUGAAAGGAGCUGAUUUAACCGAUGUUCAUUUCAUCCGAUCGAAUUCUAUGGACUGUGACCUGCGUAAUAUAUCUUUGAUGUCUGUUCUCGGUUCGAAUAUCGUCUUCGAAAGAUGUGAUCUUAAUUACGCCGUAUUUGAAAAUGCUUAUAUGGUUGGAGCAAAGUUCAUCGGAUCACUCAUGGAGGGCGUGAUAUUCAACAAAGCUAAUUUGGCUGAUGCUAUAUUUGAUGGAAAUAAUAUGUAUAUAGUAAAGUUUCUUCAUGCUAUUCUUAUCAAUGCAAAAUUUUUGGGGAUCAAACCGGUAUCUGCUGAUUUUACCAAUGCAGAUCUUUUAAACAGUGAUCUGACUCCUAAAGAUUUAUCAGCUACCACACAUACUUUUUCAAAUACUCGAUAUCCUAAUGGUUCUUUUUCUGUGGUAAGCAAUACUCAAUUAAUUGUUGAUGGUGGAGCAGAACAAAGAGUAAGUUUAUUAUCAUUAUUAAAUUAUACAAAUUGA